AUGCAACGAUUCCGCCGGGGUCGCGACGAGCGGCUCGUGUAUCAUGCUGAACUGGCCAGCUCCACAUCCCACUCAGACUCAAGCUCAGGCUCGACACAGCUGCAGCCGCAGUUUCUGGCCCUCCGUUGGAGGAGCCUGGGAAAGUAUGGGAAUGGCCAGCCGAUGCAGAGCCUCGACGUGUGCUAUGGCGACGGCAGUCAGAAACAGAUCGCGUAUACGCUGCUGAAGGAUACACCGAACCGGCCACGCUCCGGCCGAUCCGCAUCAUCGGCUCGGCAGCCUCACAUCGACCAGAUCGCAGCUUGGAUGAAACUCUGCGAGACCACGCAUCAAACCUGCCAGGCGAACAUUGCCCGACAAACCGCCCACCUUGCUCACCCUGCACGGCUCCUCGAUCUUCGACCCGACGACGUGUCUCCUGGCAACGUUCGUCUCAUACCGUAUGCCGGUGACGAAGCGCGGUCCAAUUUCACUUUCAGGUAUGCUGCAUUAAGCUACAGAUGGGGUUCGCGACCUCAUCACUCGACGAUCACCGUAUCCAACAUCUCUGAUCGCAUGACCGAGAUCACCGUCGAUGAAGCCUUUCCCAAGACUUUCCGCGACUCAAUUUCCCUGUGCCGGGACAUGGCUAUCCGCUAUUUGUGGAUCGACGCCCUCUGCAUCAUUCAGCCCACGCUCUCCGACGACACCGAUUGGCAAGAACAAAGUGCCAUCAUGGGUUACAUCUAUGCCAACGCAGCCAUUACCAUCGCCGCCUCCGGUGCAGAAAGUUUCGAGGUCGGACUCUACCCGCCCAAGGGCCCAUUCGAGCUCGCUCCUCCAUCAUGUGCUCUUUUCCCGUCCGACCAGACGGAGCUGGGCUUGUAUCUGCAAGUCGAGGCGCCGGAUUGGGUGGCCUCCGUUGCAGAGAGCCCGCUGCAAACCCGGGCUUGGGUGCUUCAGGAGAGAAUCAUGUCCACGAGACUGAUCCAUUGUUCGCAGCAUGCCAUCUUCUGGGAAUGCGCUGAAUUACGUGCAUCUGAGUUUGAGCCAGACGGCACGGGAGUUGGGGGCCUCCUAGGGUGUUCGUCGAUGAUCCCAACUACAUCGGGGACCGGUAACGAGGCCGAAAUAAGAGAGAGCCUCAUGCAUGCUUGGGGAUCGAUCGUGUCGGAUUAUAGCCCGCGCCAUCUCAGCGUGGACGCGGAUCAUCUGCCCGCCAUCUCUGCUAUUGCCCAACAGGUGGCGGACAUGGUCGGCGAGAAGUAUAUUGCUGGCUUAUGGGAAGAAGAUCUUCUCAUCGAGCUGCUCUGGCUGGGAAUCCAUAAAAACCCCUCUCACCGUCGGAGGGCCGUGGAGGUGGAGCCAUCUAAACGGGGUCGGAUGUCGGGAGAUUCGCCGCUGUCGGCCAGUCAAUCCGUUGGUGAUGAUCCGGCUUGUUUCGUGGCACCGUCGUGGUGCUGGGCAUCUGUGAUGGGUUGGGUCAGACCGGGAUCUCUUGGUCCACAUCAAUGUCCAGCGGCAGAUAUCGUGCGGGUAUCAGUGAAACCGCAGUUUCAAGGCAAUGCAUUUGGCCGGGCGGCCGCUGGAGGGUAUUUGGAGUUGAGCGCACGCCUCCGACACAAUGUACGGCUUCAGGAGCUGGAGACAACGGAAGAGCAGCCCCCUCGAUAA